GCGCCGAGGUAGGGAGCGAGGCGGAAGUAGCGUUUUGUCAUGGCAACCGCCGGUCGCGGCGCUUUCUGUGGGCUGCUGGCUCUUGUCUGUUGAGGACAACGUAUGCCAAGUUGGGAGCAGAUACCGACAACCCAAGUUGUGACUUCUAGUGAAGUCAUACCUUGGGUGGAAAACAACCAAUCUAUUGCGUUGGAGUACCAAUCAGUACAUCCUAUGUAUCAUUCACUGCCUUUUGCUAUACACAGUCCCUCAAGUCAACAAUACUGAGAUCACUAUGAAGGCCUUGUAUUGUCAGCAGAAUUCACCUGGAGAGGAAAUUACAUUUGUCUUCCAGGAAAAAGAAAACCUUCCUUCUGCAAGAGACCAUGAUGUGAAAGUACAAGUUAGAGCCUGUGCACUGAGCUGGAUAGAUACAAAGCUGCUGUCAGAAAUUAAACUAGAGAGGGAGCUUCUACCUGUUGGUCGAGAAAUUUCUGGAGUUGUCUUGGAAGUUGGAAGAAAAGUGACCUUUUUUCAGCCAGAUGAUGAAGUGGUGGGAAUUUUGCCUCUGGAUUGUGAAGAGUCUGGUCUUUGUGAAAUUAUUCUAGUUCAUGAGCAUUAUUUGGUUCGUAAACCAGAAAAAGUUUGUUGGGUUGAAGCCGCCGGGACUGUUCGUGAUGGUGUGCGAGCGUACACAGCUUUACACUACCUUUCCCAAGUCUCUCCUGGAAAAACUGUCCUUGUAAUGGAUGGAGCAAGUCCUUUUGGUACAAUAGCUAUUCAAUUAGCACAACACAGAGGAGCUAAAGUAAUCUCUACUGCAUACAGUCUGGAAGAUAAGCAGUACCUGGAGAGGCUUAGACCUCCCAUGGAAGGUAUACGGCAGCCUUUAGUGGCUCGAGUGAUAGAUGUGUCAAAUGGAAAGAUAGAUGUAGCAGAAAGCUGCCUGGAAGAAACAGGUGGCCUGGGAGUGGAUAUUGUUCUAGAUGCUGGAGUGAAAUUAUAUAGUGCUGAAGAUGAAUCAACCUCAAAAUCACAGUUGCUGCCUCAUAAGCAUGAUAUCAUUACUCUUCUUGGUGUUGGAGGACACUGGAUAACAACAGAAAAAAAUCUUCAGCUGGAUCCUCCAGAUAGCCACUCUUUGUUUCUUAAAGGAGCCACAGUCUCCUUUCUGAAUGAUGAGAUAUGGAACUUGUCCAAUAUACAGCAGGGGAAGUAUCUCUCUAUCUUAGAAGAUAUCAUGGAGAAAUUAUCCAGUAGUAUUUUCAGGCCUCAGCUGGAUGAACCGAUCCCAUUGUAUGAAGCCAAAGUUUCUAUGGAAAUCGUUCAGAAGAAUCAAGCAAGAAAAAGACAAGUCAUUCAGUUCUGACACACAAUUUCCCGAUUUCUUAAGCCUGGGGAAGAUAAAGAAACACUAAAGUCCCAGUUCCCGCAGCCUUUCCUCGUAUGAAAGAUGUUCCAGUGCCCUGAUCAUCUUGGUGGCCCUGCGCUGGACUCUCUCCAGAAGUUACCUGUCCCGCUAGAGCUCGGGAGCCCAGAACUGGACACAGUAGGCCAAGAGUCUUCUAGGAAGUCAGAACAUUUGAGUGAAAACAGACUAUCUGGAACCAUGAUUAGUCUCUCUUCUGUCUUCACCAGAUUUGUAGUAGGUUCUUGGUAAAUGCUGCAUGGGAAGUGUAUAAAAGCUUGAGCAAAUCUUCUUUUACUACUAAUGUGAUGUAAUGCAGCCUUGAAAAUAAGUGAUGCUUUUACGCAUGUGUGUACACGCACAUCUAAGGCAUGGUGAGACCUGGUAGCUUGACAUUUAUUCUGAAGUUUUGUAUCCAACUGGUUUUUUUUCCUGAUGCCACUUAUUUUAGCCUAAAUGUUUGUACAAUAAAGAAGAUCAGAAGAAACAAGAGUUAAACAAAACUGUAGGAGAAGGAUUUUUAUAGUACAGUUUUUAUUUUAAUAGAACUUUUGUCAGUAGUUAUGUGACAUAAAUAAAUGCCUUUUGAAUGCCCCGUACAAUCGACUUAAGGCUAACUAUUGCUGGAUAGGUUUAUAAAGCAAACGUCUCUUUGUACUUGGGGCGUUAAGCAGCCUACUGCUGUAUUUAGCUGGCUGUCACCGCAUUUUCUAAUACUCUUUCUAAUGCCUGUUCCUUCGUAGCUUUGACUAGGAAGUCGCAUGUGCUUCACUACCUGUGUGCUGAACUGACAGCCCCACAAAGGCUGCCUGUGCUCUCCUAAUAAUGGCAGAGGCAUGCCAGGAGUCGUGCCAGCUCAGGCUCUCACCCAGGCUUUGCUGAGGACAUUUCUGCUCUGGUGAGCUCAAGCCUUACACAGCCCGAUGGUGAUGUGUGGGUGACACAUAGGUUGCCUCUGAUGGCAGCCGCAAACCAGGAUUGCAUCUGGCUUAGUUUUAUAGUCCAUCAUUGUUUUAUUUAAUGGCCUUGAGAGGUGUAUUUUGGAAAUAACUGUGUAGCAUGGGCUGGAAAUCACUGCCAGUUUUUUGGUGGUGAGGGGAUGGAUGCCUGUCUGCAGUAGAGUCUGAAGUAAAAUACUGCAGUGUGGGCCCUGGCCACUGCCAUGAAUCACAAUGAGAACUAGCCUUCGAGCCCAAAUAGGCACGGUGCUUGUUCAGUCUCGCUUUUCACUCAACUGGAACCAU